UUGCCACACGAUUGCUCCUUGUGCCAAGCCCUGUUGAGAGACCUCAGGACCGCUACGUCCAACAUCCACCGCGAUUUCCACUGGGAAAAGCCCAGUCGCGCCUCGCCGCUGACACCUGGAGCCCGUCUGUAGACGCGAGAUCCGGAUCACUCCGUUGGCCGCUUUUAUACCUGUCGACGGACCGAGUCCUUCGAAGAGGAGCUCGGUUCACGAUAAGACAUUUUAGACAGCUUCAGGCUGUUCUCACAGCUCUGACUCGCUCUGCCAACCUCCUUCCCCUGUUAUCCAUGGCUGGGAGCGCAUCGAGGAACCCUUCAUCUGAUCUCGAAUCGGUCGUAGGGAAAUGGACAGGUCCCAGCGUCUUCACCGACAUCAUACCCUCUUCAUCUUCUGCUAGCUCAUCAACAUCUGUCCUAUGCGACUCUACGAACAUUCCCGAACCCAACAAUCGUCAGGCUGCGGAUCCUGCUUCAUUCACUACGCCGGAUCGCGCCGCAGCAUCAGGAUCUGUCAACUCGCCCAUCUCGAUCAAAUCAACUCCUUCACCUCUGACUCGACCUCGGGGUAAACCCGACUAUGCGAGUCCGAUCGCCAAAGCGGCCUAUGACGUCCCUCGACCCACUCGACCCAUUUUACAGAGUUCCAAACCCUCUCCUCCUCGAUUCACAAUGACAAAAUCAACCGUCAAACCUAUCCACCCGUUCUUCGGAACGGCUUACCGUCGAGCCAAGUCUGCUGUGCCGAUACCUCGAGCUCCACCUACCAAUAGACCUCGACUCGUCGCUCAUUUCUCCUCCACUUCCGCUUCGGCUUCUGGUUCUGGACUCAGCUCUCAGUCUACCCAAGCUUCCCAGCCUCGACCUCAGACGUCGAGCAUCAAAGGAAAAGGCAGAGCAUAUGAUCCCAAUGUCUGGGUCGUCGAUGGGGUCGAGAUCGAGCUCACGAGCCUUAUCAUUGGCUCUGAUCGCGGAUCGGGGAAGGAAGAGAGCGAUGAUGAAGAGAUUUACGAAGAGCGAGUGACGGAAAGUGAGAUCAGAAACCUGAGCGAGAUGUUGGCAGAGAUGGAGCUGCCAGCGAGUGCCCCCGUUAUUAAGGCCAACCCAGUCAUUCCGAUACCCAGGACGCUCCAUGCUCGGCGAAUCACACGCAAGUCGAAACCAAAGGUGGUGGUGCCAACCGGUUUGCCACUAUAUGAUCACACGACAUUCACGCCGAGGCCCAAGGUGGCUUAUACCUCCGAUGUAAACGAAGCGAACGACUUGUUGUCUUGUCUCAAGGGAGAUGUCCUCGGUUUCGACAUGGAAUGGCCGACUGCCGGUCAGAGGGCUCCUAAUGGAACGGUCCUCGGGAGAUUCUGGGACGAUGAGGAGAAGAAAUACCGUUUCACUGUGCCUCGCACUGCUUUACUGCAAUUUUGUGACGACGAGUUGAUCGUCAUGGUGCAUAUAUGGCACAUGGAUAGGAUACCCGAAAAGGUGGUUGAGAUCCUGCAAGAUCCCAAAAUCUUCAAGACUGGCGUUGCGAUCAGGAACGAUGGCAACAAGCUACUGCGAGACUACCCCGAAGCAUUCCCUCAAGGCAUAGCAUCGCUUCUCGAGCUCUCGCUCCUUGCCCGUCGUGCAGAUCCUCUCAACACUGGUCCCGGGAGGACGCUGAUCGGCUUGGCCAAGCUCGUCGCUUCGUACUUGCACAGACACCUGGACAAGGAUCAAGAUGUCCGUGGGAGUAAUUGGAUGCUCCCAUUGACUCGAGAGCGAGCGACAUACGCUGCGAACGAUGUUCAUGCCGGAAUGCACCUAUACCACGCCUUUAGGAGGCUGGCGAAACAGAACGAUGUUCCGGUAGAUCUGGAUUACAUUGCCACGCAUCUGCCUGGACGAGCAGGGGCUGCGCCCAAGGCAAAGACUGUGACGGGGGGAAAAUCGUCAAAGCCUAGGGAUCCAUCGACUCCCUCCCCCGCCAAGAUGAAAGCAGUCGAGAUGUACAAGACGGGGUUGAGCACGACGCUGGUGGCACAGAAGAGAGGCGUGCAAACAGAGACCAUUCAGUGAGCGGCAGUCGCGUGUAUAAUUGACACUGCGGUACAGAGGGUAUAUCUUGGACGCGUUGACAACUUUGCCAAAGGACACGCUGGACUUGAGAGAGAAAAAGAGGCUUGUGAGCGAGGUGAUGGGAUUCGAGUAUGUCAUUCGCCGUCAUCGAAAGAUGUGGACAGAGUUGCUGGACGAGGUGGAGCCAAAGGCAGAGGGAUGAGCACAAAGCGGAUAUCGUUAUUACCAUCUGGGGAUCCUGUAUUAUGCUUCGCUGCGGACCAUACAAUGGGACAUGAUCCCCAUGCGUCAUCGCUGCUUUCACCAUGCAAUGGUUGCCCACAUCGAUCUUGAAUGGUACAGAACCGAGGUACACGCCACUACGCAUGGUCUGCAGGCUGUGUUGAAUGUGGACCAAGAUCGACUAUAGACUGACAGAAAUAUCAGCCCUCGCGGUCCUUUGCCGAAAUCCCAAAGCAUUUAAAUACC